AUGGCCGUGGCAUACGUUUGCGUCUGGAACCGGCUCCCUCUCGAGACACCGCAGGAGAUGAAGAUGCUCUAUUAUCUCGGCUCGUACAUGGCCGUCAGUUUGGGCCUCACUUCCAUAGCGGUGCAGAUCGGUGCUUUGGUGCCGGAGUUAACGAGCGACUACAACGAGCGGACCAUAGCCGCGGGUUUUCGAGUGAUCGGUGGCAAUAUCUUUGGCGUGGUUUUCGCAGUGCUGCACACAGGGCUGGUCGGCCCGGAGGCUCAACCGGAAUCUUUCAUGCUCAGCGCAGUCAUCUGCGCCAGUUGCAUCUGGAUCUUCUCAUGGACAGUUUUCUGCGGCAUUCAGGAACGGCCGGUGGUAGAGGAAGUUCCGGUGGCGACGGGAAUCAUUACGGAAAUCUCCCUGGCUUUGCGAAACAAAGCCUUUUGUUACGUGUGUCUGAUGUACGUGGCCGGGCCCACAGCCGUAACGCUGAUGCAGUCCAACAUCGCGCUCUUCUGCAAGUACAUCCUCGAGGAUGAGGCCAUUCUCAUCCUUAUUCUUCCAAUUGUUCAAGGCACAGCUUUGCUGAUGAUUCCUGUCUGGGUCGUGGUGGGCCAGAAGACCAGCAAGCGCCACGUGUACAUGAUCGGAGGCUGCUUGCUUACCCUUGCCAUGUCCUGCCUGAACUUCAUUGAGUCUACCUCGGCAGCUGUAGUCGCCGCCGCUGUCAUUGGCGUGGCCCUGGCCGUGCCAUACCUCGUGCCUGUCUCCAUGCUUCCAGACGUCGUGGAGGCAGAUGAGGAGAUGACAGGGCGGCGGCGUGAAGGAGUUCUUGCUGGACUCUUCACCACUUCCCUGAAGCUGUCGGCCACGGCCGCAAACGUCUUGACCAACUUUACACUGGAGCAG